AUGGUUGGUUUUACAAUGUUUCAACAAGUCGAUGUACGUUUGCAGCAAAUAAUGAGAACAAAGAAACCAUUUGGUGGAAUAUCAGUCAUAGUUUUAGGCGAUUUCAAUCAAUUAAGACCAGUUGGUGAUAAAUACAUAUUCCAGUUUAAUAAUUCAUAUAAUGCUUUAGUAGAUAGUCCAUUAUGGUCAUUAUUUGAAUUGUUUGAAUUAACAGAAAUUAUGAGACAAAAGGAUGAUAAGACUUUUGCCAUUGCAUUAAGUAAUAUAGCUAAAGGAACGAUGACAGAUGAAGAUAUUCAUCUGUUAAAGUCACGAAUUGUUUCAACUGAAAAUUUGGAAACGAUUGAAGAUGCCAUAAGGAUAUUCAGAAGCAAUGCUGAAGUUGAUGCAUACAAUACAAAAGUAUUGGCUAAUCUUAAUACUGAAGGUGCAACUGCCAAUGCAUAUGACUUUUGUAUUGGUGAUGGACUUGCAUCAUUAAAAGAAAAAGUGUUGAACAACGUAAAGAAUCUCAAAACAACUGAAACUUAUGGCUUACCACUUAAAAUCGAUUUGAAAGUGGGCGCUAAGUAUAUGUUGACAGUCAAUUCUGAUACUGAAGAUGGAUUAGUCAAUGGUGCUUGUGGAAAGUUAAUAAUGAUUGAUUACGGAAAACUUCAAAAAACUAAUGAAACAGUACCAUGUAGAAUAUGGAUUAAAUUCAAUGAAGAAAAAACUGGAAGAAAAGCUAGAGCCAAUUUUCACAAUGUAAUGCGUAAUAGAAAUAUUGAUUCUAGUCUUACACCAAUCGAACCAGUAAUACGUCAAAUAAAUACGAAGUCAACAAACUUCAAAGUAGAACGGAAGCAGUUUCCAAUAGUACCUUGUGAAGCUAUGACCAUAUACAAAAGUCAAGGCGGUACUUACGAGAAGGUUGUUGUCAAUUUGAAGAAGGGAAUGACAAGAUCUGAAUUAUAUGUUGCUUGUAGUCGUGCAACAAAAGCAAGUGGUUUAUACUUAAUUGGAGACUUUGUUCCACCAAAACCAUCUGAACGUAAUGAUGCAGUGACGUUGAUGUUCAAAACUAUGAGAUCCGAGCGAAUGCUGAAAUUUUCGCUUGCAUUUCCUGAAGAAUCUGAAGAGAAAAAAUUUUCCAUUAUCUUUCAUAAUGUACAAUCAUUGAAUAAGCAUAUUUCAGAUGUUAAAUUUGGCAAAACAUUUUUGUCUUCUUCCAUGAUAAGUCUUGUUGAAACAUGGACAAAACCAAGUGAUAACUUAGAAAUUGAAGGUUUUAAGGUAGUUCACAGACGUGAUUGUCAUGAUGUACGAAAACCAUUCGGUCAAAUCAUUUAUUUAAAAAAUGAUUUAAAAUUUGAAAAUAUCAGUGAAAGAUAUGAAUAUUCAGGUAAAGAUCAUAUUGAAUAUUCUUCGAUAAAAGUUGAUGAUAUUUGUAUAAUUUCCGUUUAUAAUUCACCGAAUUCAUCAUUCGAUGUCCUAAGACGACAUAUGAAUGAAGUUAUAACUAUUUCAAAAAGAUUUUGUGAUAAUAUAAUUGUCGUUGGUGAUUUUAAUAUAAACUUGAAGAUUAAAAUCAAUAACAAAUUUAUUGAAUAUAUGAAAUCAUUUGGACUUAGUUUGAAUAAUACACUAAAUAAAGAUUCAACUAAUGCAAAAACACAAAUUGACUAUUGUUUC